ACUACUCUGUGCUGUGCUACGAGGCAACGCGAGAUCUUCUCUGGAGCAGAAGCUACGUGCUCACCGCUGCUGUUUCUUCCUUCGCAUUCAUUUACGAGAGUCGAUUUCGGCGGUCCAUCAGAGCAACCCACGCGUUGCUUUUUUUGGAGGUCGGUGUGCUUCAGGCUCACAACUCCUGUGACUGGCAUAGCGGCACAGCGGCAGCGUGGCUCGAGAAGAGUUGGCUUGGACAGACACCUCGGUUUGCUGGACUGCUGAUAAUCUCCAGGUCGUGAAAAACAGUCGUACAUCAACUCCUGUGCGGCAGAGCGUUGCAAGGACACAGGACAUUGUUUAAAUAUUAGACUGCUGUCGCCAAGCCUCAGGGGGGGGGGCGACAAACGCGCAACACACCAGGGAGAGGAAGCCAGAGAGCAGGGCACAGCAAGCAGGGUCAACCGCGUGGGCAGGUUAAUAACCAAUGGCGGAUUCUUGGGAAGACGAGGAGUUUGACUUGCCAAGCAGCGUCCCUCCGACGGCCGUACCCGUAUCGUGGGAAGAUGAGGAAGAGGACCAGGAAGAUGCGGGGGCCGUGGCGCCGGGAUUGGCGCCUAAGAUGAGCGCGGCGAAGGCGGCCAAGACCGCCGCGGAAAAGGACGCGAGAAUCGCGGCGGAAUUGGAGACACGAUUGCAGCUGGGCGAGACGGCUGAACAACGACGCCUGCGCGAACGGAACCGUGUGGAGGAGGCCGACAACGACCUGACGGAGGACUUGUUCGGCGGAGGAGGCGCGCGGGGGCAGGGAGCGGGGGGCGGGUUGUCUGGCCUCGCGCUAAAGAAUAUGCAGGACCACGUGAAGCUGGCGAUUGAGCUCGCCGAGAGGAUGGACUCCAGCAAACCCGCACACAUGACGGCUUUCCUGAAGGAGCUCGUUACGAAACUUUCGCCCAAGAUGACGGCGGACGGGCUCACCGACCUGGUGAACCACACCACCAUGUUCCGCGAUGAGAAGCGCCAGGCGGAAGAGAGAAUCGCGAGCGCGAAGGCGAACAAGACGAACGUCAUCGCGAACCAACGCGCCAACAAGAAGAAAUCCAUCAAGAAGAAGAAGGCACACUCGGAUGUGUUUGGCGGUGACUUUGACGGCGACGGUAUCGACACCGUCGGGAUGGAUUACGAGAGCAAGUACGACGACUUCAUGUAG